AGACUCGGAGGGGUGCAAACCUAGGUGCUAAGCCGGCCUGAAAGGAGCUUGAAGCACUCAGCCUAGCUUUAGCCUAGAUGCCUCGGACAAGGGGAAAUGCUGUCUUUUAUGCAUUGAUUAUGCUGCGGCUUUGAUCCUUUUUUUUUCAAGUGUUUUUCACCUGUGCUUUAUAAACUAAGUGACUGUUUACACCAUGUCUGGAGAGGAGGGACAUCCCAUUUGAGAUACUCGUAUCGUCUUUUACCACCAGUGUUUGGAUAUGCACUUUAUACACACAAGCUUGCAGUGGAUACAGUUUCUCAACAUCGGAUCAUGUCGGCCCUUUCUUUCGCAGUUUUGUAGCCAUGUUUUACUUAAAAGCCAACUCUCGUAAAAAGGUUUUCUUCGCGGAUGUCAUCACAAAGAGCGCACAUUCAAACACUCCGUAACCAAGCUACGAAGCUUUAACGGGAAACAUAAAGGGCUGGAUCCUUUUCUGUGCAGCCGAAUUGUAUGGCAUUUGGAAUGUUUCUCCUUUGAGUAACCACUAGAGCUGAAUAGGUACCGACAGGCACUUGAAUAGCUUGAUAACGUCUUCACUAGAUUUCCUGAAUCACUUUUCUCAACUUUGUGACAGACAAAACAUUUUUAUAACCCCUAGCUUUCUCUCAUCCUCUCUCUCCCCUUUUCUCAUUCUUUAUCUUUAUACUUCCAACUCAAGGCUCUAUUCCUUGAUUGAAUUGUCAUGAGCUACUUUUAAGACCCGGUCCACAAACAAAAGAUACUUCAAAGGUAUUAGCCCAAGGAGUGUUGCAGUAACGGUGUACAACUAACCUUUACACAGUGUAGCUCACAGAUGCAUCGUCAUUUCAUUAUGAGUGAGUGUACUACCGAGAGUGGUAAGGGGAGCCUUAUCAUCUCCUUGUGACAAAUUGAUAGAGCAUUUACCCGUUAUCUAUGUUGAAUCCUGGUACAACAUACAAUGUUGAUGGGCCUCAAUGCCAGUUAUCUCACUCACGGAUGACAUCCACAGAAUAUUUGCAGUGGGGAAGUUAUGCUGGAUCUGUCUGUCUGUCACUCAAGCCUUGCUUUAUCAAGCGACGUGUCACUCGGAAUUAGCAAACAGUGAAAAACGACCGCAUCUUGCAAUUGUGUCUUGCAACUGUGUCUUCCGUCUUGCAGAUGAUGAUGAGUAUUGUGAUCAAUUGUGAGAUAGUGACAUAUCUACUGUGACAAGUCUACAUGUUGUGGAAGCAAAGGACAAAAAGAGAUUCGAAUUCGGCUUGACAGUUAUCAACAAUCUUGUGUUUCAUUUUAACAUUACAGGCAUUACAAAACAAAUGUAUGAUGAGCCUACCUAGUCAAAGUGCAUAGAAUCACAUGGACACGACAUGUCGCUAUUCUGGAACUUUUGAUGAAAAUAAGUUCAUGGUUAUUGGAAUGAACUCUCCUGCUCCAAUCCUGCUCUUUGUUGGGAACUUUUCAUCUCAAAUUCUGUCAAAUGUCGCUGUUUGGGGGCAGCUGGUCUUGUCUGGGAAAUGAAAGAAUCCAAACCCUCUUCUUAGUACAGUAACCGCAUCCCGUGUUUGCUAUAUUGUAUUUGGAGGAAAAAUUAUCCUAACUGGCCACCUGGCAGCUCGAGCCGAAUGUCAAGACUUUGAAUCGUGUCCGAGUUUGACAUCUCCAUCUAAACCCUCCCCAGACAUCUUCAUUUUCAAUAUAGCCAGAGCUGUGCUGCUCGAUCUCGAGGAAAGCACUUUCACUUGAAAACCUUCAUUUUGACAUUAUACACCGUCGCUGGACAUACAGGUUUCAGCGUUACCUUACGUUGUUCCUCAGGGUUGUUCAUGAAAGUGUGUUGAGUUUGUCAGAAGGUUGAACUGACUAGAUUGUGCCAUGGAGAUUACAGGAUUCUAUCGCUGGAUUAUUGCCCAUCUCCUACUUGUCCAGACGUUUUACCCUCCUGUGCUUUCAGAUAGGACCACGCCCCCACCUGGCACCCAAUACAUUGCAAUCGAUGCCCCCAUGAACAAUGAGACGGUCAUACCAGGAGAUUCAGUCACCCUAAACUGCAGGAUACGAGGGUUCCCGAAGCCCACCUACUGGUGGUAUCGGAACGAUGCUAUAAUCAGGGACGAUAUUGGGAGGAACGUCGUCAGGGAAUUCAAGGGCGGCUCAACGCUAACGAUCAAUAAUGUUGGCACGCUGGAUACGGGAUCCUACAAGUGCAUAGCUGCGAAUGAUAACGGGACCAAGUCGGUCCAGGGAUCAAUCACUCUGAGUGCAAGUAAGUAGAGAUCAUUAGAUCAUUUGGUUAAUUUCCAAUUCGUCUAAUUGCCAACUCGUCUACUAUCAUUUGGUCUACCAUCAGUUCGUCCACUCACCACAUGAUCUACUUUCAUUUAGUCUAAUGCCAUUCCGUCUAAUAACCAGUUUGUCCAAUAGCCACCAUUUGGUCUAAUUGGACUAAGUGUUAAAUUAUGUAAAAUGAAUGAAAAUUAAAUGGAUAUUAGACCAACUGGUUAUGAGACGAAAUGGUCAUAGACGAAGAGGUGAUUAGAAGAACUGAUAAUUGGACCGAAUGGUUAAUGGACCAAAUGGUUGUUAGACGAAACGUUGAUGGACAAACGGCAUUGGACUAAAUGAAAGUAGACCAUGUGGUGAGUUGACGACUUGGCAGUAGACGACUUGGCAAUUUACCGAUUAUAUACGCAAAUGUAUGGUACAUGUUAGUUCAACUUUUGAUUGAAGCAGUGUCCUAACUAUGGGAAGCCUAAUGUGAUGAAAAAAUCUUUGAGAGAAGACAUAAAUUUAUCAGUAUGUUUUAGUACCGGUACUCAAACUAUUCAACAUUCUGUUGAAAAGUUAUGAAGUAUUCUAUUUUUCUCUACCAUUAUGAUAUGAGAAUGGAUGUACAAUACAGUGUAUGUAAGAAACAACUUUUCCUGGACGUGUUCCUUCUUGUAUAGUUUGUGGCAUUUUAAAGCUGACUGUACAUCUUCAGAUUAUCUUUUAUGUUUCUGAUUAAAAAACAAUAUUUACUUUAGAUUUCUGUACUAAAGCAUGGUUUUAUCUCCUUUUAACCAUCUAAAAAGUUAUUACAGAACAGAAGAUUACAAAGUUUUGAGUGCAAUUAUUUAACACCUUUUCUAUAAAAAAUUGCCUACAUCUGUAGUUUUCAAUCUGUAUACAAACAGGAAGUAAUUUCACUUCAUGACCCAAACACGGUUUAGAAAUAAACCAGAGAAUCUUAACACAUUCUUGCUAAGGGUACACACAUUGAUAGGGAAUACAAACAGAUUUUCUGGAAGUACUUGAAAGUUGUAUUCAUGGGAGUGUUCUAUAACCUACAUCUCGGAGGCUAAUCCUAUUCACAAAUUUUACAUGGAAUUAAAUGGAGCACCAGGGUGUUCUUUGUGCAUUCAAAGUGGUCGAAACUGUGACCCAAAACCCUUUCAAAUAGAGGCCUUCAUGUGGGGGAUUCGUUUUCCUCCAGCCCAGGAGCAGUUCGGGAUAAAUUCUAUUUGAUUAUAGAGUUGCAUUCUUGAGAAUGGUAUUACCAUAUUUUAAUGUGUCUGGGUUGUUCUGAAAAAGAUAUAUAUCUUUAUCAUCGAUUUGCAUUAAUUUUCAUGCCAUUGUUAAUUUAUUUAACUUGAGCACGACAAUAAAUUUUGAAUAUCUGAAUAUUUGAUCUUUUAUCUCAUAAACACAUUCCCAGAAUGGUCCAGAAGCACCAAUGCAAUGCUAAUUUAUGUUAUAGGAUUUGGCUCAGUUAGAACUCUUGAGGUAGAUCCUAUAAUUUAUAUAAACUACCCUUUCUACAUGAAUGUAGAAGAAUCUAAGCCCAUGGAAAGUCUUUUUCAAUUAGGUUCCCUGAAAUUUGUACACGUUUUCAUUCCAUAUGUACAGUACGUGUACAGCUGUAAAAAAGUUAUGAUUGCGGCUUAUGGGUUGAGGCAGGAGAAACUGUAACUGUAUCUGUGUACAAAAGGGAACGGGUAGACUGGUUCUAAGCUCCAAUAAAAACACCAUGAAUUGUACUUCUUGUUUUCUUCCAUCUUGCUUUACCUCUUGGGCGAAAAUGGGAGGAAAAAAUUGCUUGAAAAUGGCAGUGUGUGCUUUAUAGUUAGCUUGUAGUGGUGCAGUGUCAAAAUAACUCUUCGUUAAAUGGGAGCUUAUUUUGGAUUUUGCUCUGGUGAAAGCGAGAUUGCCUUGCAGGAAGGUACUCUGUUGAUUUUUACCCCAGCUCUAGUUAUGUGACUUUUGUAUAGUUCCUUUCGAGUUUCUCAAAGCUAAAUAAUCUUCUGAUCCCAUUUUCUGCACUCGAAUCAAACACAAAUCUAAAUCAACAUUUGGAAGAUUAGGGAUUGAAUGACCAUUUGAAUUGAAAAUAUUCCAUCUUCAAAACAGAAUAUUCCAGCUUUUUAUAUACCAAAUGUUCAAUCUUUAAUUAUGAAUAUUGUGUCGACUGAUUAGGACCUGAUAACAUUUUUCUCUUCUGUUUCUUUGUUUUGUCAUUGAUCUUUGAUUGCAUGUUGGAAUUGUGAACUGAAUAAAUCCAAAUCUAUAUCUUAAAUACAUUUGGCCACUGACACCAACUAUUAUUGUAUGCACAGUAUACCCAUAGAGCUAUUAACAGCUCCAUGGUAUACCUUUAUACAUGUAUAUGCCAUGUCGGAAUGAUACCAUAUGCUAGACUCGGUUCAACAGUUCAACUCACGAUUUGGCUAUUAUUCAAAAUUCCUGACAAUUGUGGUCUUGAGCCUGACCAGUUCAUCGUCUAUAGUCUAAUCAUGCAUAAAUGAAUACAAUCCAUUAUGUCGGUUAAAUCAAAGGCUAUCAUCUUGUCUCGAAUUGAAUUUGAUUGGUUAAUGUUACACUAUACACCUGUACAUGUUUAAUUUCAUUAAAUAACCAAACCAAAAUGUUUAAUGAGAAUGCAUACCACGGGGUUGGACAAUCGUCAUAAAACUGUAUGCUGUGAUGCCUGGGAGGGGUAGAAGAGGGUUUAUAAAGGUAGGGGGACUCACCUGUAUAAAACCUCUCAUAUCUCAACACCUUGCCAUUUGCUGGAGUUUGCCUCUCUGCAUUAAAACCAAGAACUAACACAUGUGGUUUGGAUUGAGAAGAUUGCAGUUUGAUUGAAAAUGUGAGGUUUUUAAACAGAGUAAUGUUUUGAGAGGUUAAAAUUAUGAUUACAACUGUUUCCCUCUGAGCGUGCACCUGUGGGAGUAGUUCCACGUGGAACUGUGAACAUAUUUUCAGCUUGAUUUGCAAGGAAUUUAUGAUAAUUUACUGCUCAAUGUCAAACGAAUCAAGAGCAGGAAUAAAGGAAUUUAUUAAAAUAUAUCCACAUUAAUAAUUGUCUUCUUGAAUGUUGGAUUCAUUUCAAUUUGAGAGUCUUAUCAGAAAAGAGAAAAGUGAAGUUGACUUUUCAAUAUUACAGCAAGAUAGAUUAAAGUUCAUUCCUGCAAACCAACUAAUCAUGUUUAUUGAUUCUCCCAUUUUAUAGAAAUGGCAAAUAAUUUCAUUCACUAUCCGAAUGUUGGUUAUAUCUAGAUCUGUUUAAAUUAUUUGUUUACAUUACUUUCAUCCAUGUAAAUUGCAAGUAAAAAAAUGCAAAAGAUAACUUUUUUAUGAAAACAUUCAUAUGCCUACUGCACGUAAUAGGCGUACACGUUGGAAAGCAGAUUUAAACAAAAUAUUUUCAAAAUCAAUUCAGAAGGCAAAGUGUUAAAUUUUGUCUUCUCGGUCCAAACUGAGGCACAUUGUACAAGUUUCCAACAGCCGAAAUUCUUGUGCGAUGUGCAGCGCAGAUGUCAACCAUAACCUCACAUUCCCCAUGUUGAGAGGCUGUGGUCUACUUCUAUUUUUUGAAGAGGCAACAG